UGGCCCCGGAGGCCCAGGAGGAGCAUGAGAUCGGUGAUGGUGGUGAUUCAUGGUUUCCGAUUGAAAGGAGAUUUACUUGGUGAGAUUAUGAAGAUGGUGAGAGAAGCGUUUGACUAAGAAAUAAAUAGCAGUGCAGCGUCUAGAACCUUUCCAAUACUUCUUUUCUACGUAUUCAACUUUCUACUUUAAUUCUUAACUAUUAAGAAUCCACCGCCAAGCUCCGUCUCAUGUGCAGCUACGGCGGCCACAUACUCCCCCGUCCCGGCACCAACUCCCUCUUCUACGCCGGCGGCGAAACCCGCAUCCUCUCCAUCCACCGCCGCACCCUCGCCACGCUCUCCUCCUUCCGCACCCAUCUCUCCACCCUCCUCUCUCUCAAAUACCCCUUCACUCUCAAGUACCAGCUCCCCCACCUCCACCUCGACUCCCUCAUCACCCUCGCCUCCGACGAAGACCUCCACAUCCUCGUCGACGAGCACCACCGCUCCUCCUCCCGCAUCAGACUCUUCGUCUUCCCCGCUUUCCGCCACCCCAAAAGUGAGUCAUGGUUCUUGGACGCCCUCAAGUGCUCCUCCAUCAUGCACCACUCCUUCCCUCUCGACGCCACCUCUUCCUCCGUCACCCCUCCCCUCCAUCACCACCCCUCUUCUCUUCCAAGUGAUAGUACUGUUUCCAGCAUCAUUUCGCAGCGGCACAAUAUAUGUUAUCAGGACCCUGUUCAAGUUGAAACUCAAAUCCCCUUUGUUUCCAAUAAUGCAAAUGUGAAUGCACUGUAUUCUUCAUUUCCACGCUUUAAUCCACUGCUGCAAUCUGCUACACGCAAUUUACCUCUUCACCAUAUUUACCAGCAACCUCGUCCUUCCACGCAUCUGCUUUAUCAAACCAAUCCUGUUUGCCCCGUAUACCUCGUACCUGUUACUCUGCCUAUGACAGCCUCCACUCAACCAUCAAUGAAUCUAAAUGUUUCAUCUUUAGGUUUCCAUGUACCACAUAACUAUACCUCUAACUCUCACAACUACUUAACACACACACAAACUGCACCACUCGUUCAUCAUCAUCAACCUCAAUCUCAGAAUAUAUCUAUUACUUCCGUGGAAUCUCCCGAGAGUGGGAAUGAACUUCACAACAACCUUGCUCGUGAUCAGAUAUACAAAUCUCAGCCCCCACCUCCGGCAUUGCCUUCUAAACACCAAACCUUGAGAAAAGACACGGCGGAGUUGUUGUCUGAAGCUCUUUCUCAGUUGCAUGUGGAUAGCCGCAGCAGAUAGAAACAUCACAGCCACAGUGAUUUUUAUUGUCUGGAACACAAUUUUUGUACAAUGGUCCAUCAUGUUUCUUUUUUCUUUUUUUUUCAUAGUGGUAUAUUGGUAUGUUUUUGCCUCUCUUUACCAUCUUAGUGUGUAUAAUAUUUUGAAUAUUUUCCUAUCACUACUGAUGAGAAUACUUCUUUCAUAUCUGCUUUGAUUUUUUUUUCUUUUUCGGAGAAGUAACUCAAUCCUCUGGCGUGUAAACCUUCUACGAUUUCAAAUGUCAAUCCUGAUAUGUUUUGGAUGGGAUCAACAUAAAAAACUAAAGA